AUGUGGUCCUUCGUUUUCAUAUUGGCUUCUUUCCGCCUAGCCAGCGCCAACUACGUCAACCAGGGCCAAGUGUUGAGUCUUCAUGGCAUCUCAUACUAUGCCGGCGGGAUUGCUGUGGGCCAAAUAGAGACUACAAACGCCUCGAGUCUCUCGCUUGCAGCUGCACAGAUUCCCGGUCAGGACCUGUUCCCGCUGACCAUUAUCGACACUUCGAGCAGCGUCCCUUCAGGGGAUGAGCUUCUGAAUCUUACUACCGCUUACGAUAGCUCGGAUGACGUCUUUCAAUGUGCCUUUCUACAUGCGAUCUAUCUCCGCCCAAGCACAACCAAUGCUCCCGUUGGGCCCAACGGUACUAUGUCUCUUGACUCCCAACUAUCACGUCAUGGCACCUCUUUGGUUCUAUCAUCCAAGGAGAUCCAUGGCCUUAAAAGUAGCGUCGCGACUGGCGUAACCGUCUUGAGUCUCCCUCGAGGACCCAACUUCGUCUCGGUCCACACUGGAAACGUGUACAAAGCCUACCGGCUGUACGAUGAUGAUCACCUCGCUUUUGUACAAGGCGUAAUUAGCGAUGAAGAGGGCGCUUUCACUACUCUUCCUGCUGUUACUGAGAAUGUAAUGGCAAAGAGCAUCGCGGUCCCUUCGCGGUUGUAUUAUACUGAGACCGAGGAGCAACCCCUCGCCGGCCUCCGCUUCGGAGUCAAGGACAUUUUCCACGUCAAGGGGGUAGGCACGAGUGGUGGAAAUCGUGCUUACUUCUACCUGUAUGGACGACAAAACAAGACUGCACCAGCAGUGCAACGGCUCAUCGACCUUGGUGCUGUCCUCGUUGGCAAGAUGGGCACUGUCCAGUUUGCCAAUGGUGAUCGUCCCACUGCUGACUGGGUUGAUCUCCAUGCCCCCUUCAACCCCAGAGGUGACGGGUAUCAGGACCCCAGCGGCUCGUCCACCGGCCCGGGAGCUGGAGUAGGUGCGUACGACUGGCUUGAUCUUGCUGUCGGCAGCGACACUGGUGGUUCCAUGCGCGGUCCAGCGGGAUCGCAAGGCCUCUUCGGAAACCGGCCUUCUACGGGCGCCAUCUCCCUCGUGAAUGUCAUCCCCUUGAGUCCCGUCUCAGAUACCGCCGGAAUGUUCGCCCGCAGUGGCAGCCUCUGGGCCAAGGUCACCCAGGCUUGGUACCCUGACUUUGCUUCCAACUACACUUCCUACCCGACGACACUAUACCGAUCAACGGCUAGAGGAGGCGCUUGGUCCGGAGGAAACGUCAGCGAGGACGCCAACAAGGUCAUCACAAACUUCGUAGGAAAGCUAGAAAGCUUCCUACAAGCCAAGUCAACUCCAGCAAACUACACGCAGCUCUGGAGCGAAACUCACGGAGAAGCACCUGCAGAUGUCAACGAGAUGCUGUACCUCACCUACGGCGUCUAUGUCUCUCAUGAUCAGUGGCAAGAACUCGGCAAGCCAUUCUUCGAGGAUUACGCAGCCAAGUUUGAUGGGCGUCAGCCAUAUAUCAACCCAGGACCCCUCGCCAGAUGGCAAUGGGGCCAGAUCCAUUCGACAGAAGAAGUCUACGCACAAGGUCUUCACAACAUUUCCCUCUUCAGAUCUUGGUAUGAAACUGAGGGUUAUGGGCGACAUGAUCCCGAGUCAUGCUCUGAGGGACUCUACAUCUAUCCUUGGUCUGUGGGCCAGCCAUCCUAUCGCGAUGUAUACAUCCAGGCCCGAACUAUACCGCCGCUGGGCUUUGACGACUCUUCAGUCCCGGUCAUGGCCGGCGCACCGGAAGUAGUGGUUCCAAUCGGAGAGGUUCCUUACAACAGCACCAAGUCGCUGCACACGGAAUAUCUCCCAGUGACUAUGGCUUUGAGAAUGGCCAGGGGAUGCGAUCAUCAUCUUGCGAGUCUGGUUAGUGAUCUUGAGAAGGAAGGUAUUCUUCGCCCAGUGGCUGCGGGUCGCCGCCUGUACCCUUAG